GUGCAUCACUUUUCUGAACUGCUGCUAAACCCAGUGGUUUCCCCGCUGUGGGGCAGCCCCCAUACCUGCAUCUCUGGCCAGCUUGGACGCUGAGUGGCUCUCCGCUCCACUGGUGGACUCUCCACCCCGCUCACUAAGGACCUUCCACAUCCAGCCCUGGACUCUGCUAUGGAACUGAUUCGAAACCCUGUGUACCCACCAGAUCAUCUCACAAACGAGGAGGUCACGGGAGAUCCUCCAUGUACUCUGAGAUCCAGAGGGAGCGGGCCGACAUCGGAGGCCUGAUGGCCCGGCCAGAACACAGAGAAUGGAACCCAGAGCUCAUCAAGCCCAAGAAGCUGCUGAACCCCGUGAAGGCCUCCCGGAACCACCAGGAGAUGCACCGCGAGCUGCUCAUGAACCACAGGAGGGGCCUGGGCGUGGACAGCAAGCCGGAGCUGCAGCGCGUCCUGGAACACCGCCGGCGGAACCAGCUCAUCAAGAAGAAGAAGGAGGAGCUGGAGGCCAAGCGGCUGCAGUGCCCCUUUGAGCAGGAGCUGCUGAGACGGCAGCAGAGGCUGAACCAGCUGGAGAAACCACCAGAAAAGGAAGAGGACCAUGCCCCUGAGUUUAUUAAAGUCAGGGAAAACCUGCGGAGAGUCACCACUUUUACCAGUGGGGAGAGGGCGCUGUAGAGCUGGCUCCGGAGCCCCAGCGCCCCCACCAGCCCGCCCCGGCCCCCACCGUGCCCCUCCAGCCAUCCUGUACCUGGCAGCCCUGGCCCCUAGACUCGGCUCUGCAGUGUUCCUGCUCGCUCCUGGAAAAACGCGUCGCCCCAGAGGGCCGCCCCGCACCUGACCCCCAGGAGAUGGGGAUCGUGAAUGCAGGCUUCUCCUUCUAGCACUCAUCGCUCCUGCUCCCAGAAGCAGCCGCUGCUGAAGGAACUUCCCCAGGCUCCCUCCUUGAGGAGCUGCUGAGCCCUGCCAAGAUGCUUCAGGCAGAGCUGAGAAGGGACAGGUGCCUUUCUGGCCCCAUGGGGCCCUGCUUCUCUGGACAGCCCUGGUCUCAGAGAGCUGCCCUAUGUGGCCUCUGCAGCCAGGUGUGGGGCAGCUAAGCAGAGCAUCGUGGGGGCACCUACCCUGAAAGCCUGAGGGGACAAUGGUCUGUCCAAGGUAGACGCACACUAACAAAGACAGCUUUGGAUGGUCUGCCAGCCUCUCCCCACCCCUUCACCUUUAUUCCCUCCACACCACCCGCCUACACCCUGUAACCACAGCAGCCCAGGGCUGCAGCGGCUCCGCUUCUGGAAGUUAGAACAGUGCUGCUUGAACUUUACUGUGCCUAUAAAUUACUAGGGCCCUUUGCUGGAAGACGGCUUCUGAUCCCGCAGGUUGGGGUGAGAGCUGAGAAUCUUGUUUCUAACAAGCUCCUGGACUGCCGCUCUGAGGCCCACACUGUCCCUGGCAAGGCUGUAGCAUCCAGGGGUGGCGAAUAAAAGCCCUCCCAGCUCCCGUGACCCCUGUCCUGGAGAUUCCCAUCCGCCUCCACAGCCCCAAGGCGCUCUUUAUUUUCCUCCCACCCCAGGAGCCCGGGAACACCCCGAGCUAGGAAACGGUGUUGGUUAUGGGACCAGAGAUGCAUAUGAUUGCCAAUAUGCCUUUUUCACCACACGGAUGCAAUUCUAGCCAAAAAAACUCACAAAACUUUUUUAAAAGAAUCUUUCCCCAAAGCCUACAAAAAGCAAAUAAUAUAGUGAUUUUCAACAAGCUUUGGAAAACAUAAGAAACCAGUUUGAAGACCCCAGCCCCACCCUGCGACACUGGCUCCACUGAGUGCGCCUGAGGCCCACGCCCGACUCGGAUUCUGUCCCUGGGGCCAACUCCGUGGACUCACUCACCCAUUCUUUCUGAGAACUCGCCUCCCAACACGGACCAAAUGUUUGAACUUUCGCUCCUGUCCCAUAUUUAAAGAUCUGGAGACCCACCAGGCCUUUUCCUUUUCCCCUGAAGAAUAAAACCCCUGCCCCAUACCUCAGUCAGUAAAGAAUCCACCUGCAAUGUGGGAGACCUAGGUUCAAUUCCUGGGGAGACCUGGGUUCAAUCCUGGGUCGGGAAGCUCCCCUGGAGAAGGAAAUGGCAACUCACUCCAGUAUUCUUGCCUGGAGAAUCCCAUGGUCACAGGAGCCUGGCGGGCUAUAGUUCAUGGGAUCGCAAGAGUCAGACACAACUUAGUGUUUUCUUUCCCUGCCUUUGUAAACCCAUCAUUCAAGGUAACAGGGCUCCAGUAGAAAAGCAUUUCCUUUUACCCCCAACCCUGCCCACCAAGACUGUUGGGCAGAGCUGCCGCUGGGAUGCAGUCUGGUAACUGGACCAAAGGUGGGAGAGAAGGGACCGCCCUGGUGUUACUCCUACCACCAGAGACAUCGUCCUUCUCCUGCGUGUGCUGAGGGGCGUGAAUAGACAUGCUGCGUGUGGGGAGGGACAAAGAGGCUCUGAAAGGUUCUUGAAUGUGACCAUUUUGGUGAGAAGGAGGGAAUGCUAUUUUACAUGUCUGUCUGGCAAGGGUCAUGCUAAAAAUGCACAACCCCUGAGUAAAGACCACCACUUCCCCAAAGAAGUCGCCCCCUGUCGUUCAGACAUGUGAGGAGAACGAGACUGAGCGUCUAGGGUGGAGGAGCCCCCAAGGGAAUGCCUGGGGGUUCACUGUGGGCCCCAGGGUGCUGCACGGGGGCAGCAGGGCAUGGAGACAAAGCCCUGGAGAAUCAGAACAGACCGCGAGUGCCACGGCAUCCCCGGAGCCUGGCAGACACCCCUGUUCCCGCCCAGGGCUCCGUCCCCACUCCUCCUCUCUGGCCCUCUCCAGGGGUGACCACAUGACCAGGUACGGCCCGCGACAUUUACAAUGAAGGGGCUCCUGAAAAGCUUGUUUUUCUGAUGAGAGAGACAGAUUGGGUAACACGCCCUUGCCCCUCCCUUCGUUGAGGGUGGGACACCUGGAGCCGCAGCAGCCAUGUUGCUACCAUGAGAAAAUGGCCAAGAGAAUCUCCGAGAAGGGCCUGACUGUCAUGUGACCAAGCCGAUGCCGGCAGCCAUCCUCCUCCGGGGUUCUUGUAAAUACAAAUAAAUCCCCUUGUU